AGCGCUGACUGGCUGCCCGGCUAGCCAAUCAACUGACAGAGUGGACUCGGGAGCGCGCUCUCGUGAUGUGAUGGAGGGGGUCUAGCUCCUGGUCACUGUGUGUGUGUGUGUGUGCCGCUCUAUGUGUACGGAUCCGGGGGGUUGUUAAUAAAGAAUUUCUUAUUCAAUCGUGGGAAGAAAAAAAAAAAUUGGAUCUCGUAGCAGCAGCGGUUGAGCAGCGCCGGCCAGUAGCACCCGGGCGGCGAGAGGAGGAGUACGGGGCACCGGGGAGAGAUGUGACCGGGGGGACCCGGCUUGUGUCCUCCGCCCAGGCGACAGCUCUCUACUGCACAGGAGGAGGAGGCGGCGGCGGCCAUGGCAGAUAAGGGCAGGCUGAGCUUCCCCGGGGCACUGAACAGGCCAGUGCCCAUGAACUUGUUUGCCACCUGGGAGAUAGACGGCUCCAGCCCCAGCUGUAUUCCCAGGCUUUGUAGUCUGACACUAAAAAAGCUGCAAGUUGUGAAGGAAUUGGAUAAAGAGCUCAUUUCAGUAGUCAUUGCUGUGAAAAUGCAGGGAUCAAAACGGAUUCUUCGCUCUCAUGAGAUUGUGCUGCCACCUAGUGGACAAGUGGAAACUGACCUCGCACUGACAUUUUCACUGCAGUACCCUCAUUUUUUGAAAAGGGAAGGAAACAAACUUCAGAUUAUGCUUCAAAGGAGGAAAAGGUAUAAAAAUCGAACCAUUCUGGGUUACAAGACUCUAGCCAUCGGAUGCAUCAACAUGGCCGAGGUUAUGCAGCAUCCGUCUGAAGGAAGCCAAAUAUUAAGUCUUUUUAGUAACAUGAAGGAGGCAUCUGCUAAGGUAGCAGAGAUAUGGAUAUUUUCCCUCUCUAGUCAGCCUAUUGAUCAUGAGGACAGUGCCAUGAAUACCAGCCUGAAGAUCAAAUCCACAGAUAAUUAUUCUGAGGAAGAGUAUGAAAGUUUUUCUUCAGAACAAGAAGCCAGUGAUGAUGCAGUGCAAGGCCAGGACCUGGAUGAUGAUGAAUUUGAUGUUGGAAAACCAAAGAAGCAGCGAAGAACGAUAGUAAGAACAACGUCAAUAACCCGGCAACAGAACUUCAAGCAAAAAGUAGUCGCUCUAUUGAGAAGAUUUAAAGUUUCCGAUGAGGUACUGGACUCCGAGCAGGACCCUGGAGAGCAUGUGCCUGAGGUUGAGGAGGACUUGGACCUGCUGUAUGAUACCCUUGAUAUUGAUAACCCAAGUGAUAGCGGUCCUGAAAUGGAAGAUGAUGAUAGUGUACUCAGCACCCCCAAGCCAAAGUUAAAGCCUUAUUUUGAGGGUCUUUCACAUUCUAGUUCUCAAACGGAGAUUGGGAGUUUACACAGCAUGCGAAGCCAGAGGGAAUUGCCAAGUCCUAACAGUACCGUCCAUUUUGAGAGACCUCAUCGUGACCCCUCCCAAUCGGCAAACACUGACCUUGAGGAAGCUGAAAGACGAACAUCUGUACCCAAGCAUUCGCCCGAUAACACAUCUGACACUGUUUCAGUGGACACCACUAAAGAAGAUUCACAGGAACUAGAACUUUCCACGCUAGAUGUUUUCAUUGAGCGGCUACCACCCAGUGGAAAGAUAACAAAGACUGAAUCCUUGAUCAUUCCUUCUAAUCGUUUGGAAGGCAAGCAAACAGGGCGUCGUGGCAGGAGCACAUCGCUAAAAGAAAGGCAAGCAGCGCGGCCGCAGAACGAGCGUGCAAACAGCCUAGACAAUGAGCGCUCGCCUGAUACACGGAUCCAUCUCCAGAUCCCCAGGAAAACGGUUUAUGAUCAGCUGAACCACAUCCUGGUUUCUGACGACCACCUCCCUGAAAACAUCAUUCUUGUAAACACUUCUGACUGGCAGGGCCAGCUUCUUUCAGAAAUCUUGCAAAAACACGACCUUCCCUUAGUCUGCACGUGCUCCUCAGCUGAUAUCCAAGCUGCUUUCAAUACAAUAGUGUCCAGGAUACAACGAUAUUGCAAUUGCAAUUCACAGCCACCAAAUCCUGUGAAAGUGGCUGUUGCAGGAGCUCAGAAUUACCUCAGUGCCGUGCUCAGGCUGUUUGUGGAGCAGCUGUCACACAAGACUCCAGACUGGUUGGGAUACCUGCGGUUUCUCAUCAUUCCAUUAGGUUCUCAUCCUGUGGCCAAAUACCUGGGCUCUGUGGACUACAAAUACAACAACCUCUUCCAGGAUCCAGCUUGGAAAGACCUCUUUACAAAACUGGAUGCACAAACCUCAGAUCUUCCUCUACUCUCUACAGUUCAGGACCCUCCAGAUGUGGUUUCCCGCGUUACACAAUACAUUGUCGGAGCAAACUGUGCACAUCAGCUGCCCAUAGCAGAAGCUAUGUUAACUUACAAACAAAAGAGGAAAAAAAGUUUUCAUUUUGAUUUUACAUUAAGGUAUCAUGUCUUCUCAGGUCCGGAUGAGGAUUCCUCACAGAAAUUCAUCCCUUUUGUAGGGGUGGUAAAAGUCGGUAUUGUUGAGCAGUCCUCUGCAACCUCAGGAGAUUCAGAUGAUGCUGCGCCAUCCAGUUCCACCGUGCUAUCAUCCACUCCCCCAUCUGUGUCAUCUGUCAUCAAGGAAGCUUCUCCAACUCCACCUUCCUCUCCAUCUGUAACAGCUGGCUUCUCCUCACACAGCCAAAGCCCUGUGGGUGAACUCAUGGGGCUUCAGUUGGAUUACUGGGUGGCUGCGCCAGUCACUGAGAAAAAGAAAGAUGCUGAGAAGAGGGAGUCCAUGUCUGCCAAGAACACUUUGAAAUGCACUUUCCGCUCGCUGCAGGUCAGCCGGCUUCCCAACAACAGUGAUGUCCAUGCUGCUCCCACCAUGUGCAUGACCGUUGUAACAAAGGAGAAAAACAAAAAAGUGAUGUUUCUACCUAAAAAGACAAAAGAUAAAGACGUAGAAUCUAAGUGUCAAUGUAUUGAAGGUAUCAGUAGAUUGAUUUGCACUGCUAAGCAUCAGCAGAACAUGCUCAGAGUGCUUAUUGAUGGCGUGGAAUGGAACGAUGUCAAGUUUUUCCAGCUGGCAGCUCAGUGGUCAUCUCACGUCAGGCACUUCCCCAUUUGUAUAUUUGGACACUCAAAAUCCAACUUUUAGUCUUUUUAAUGCAGAGGCCGUCUUAUCACCACUCCCCUCCUCUUUUCCCUGGAUCCAUACACUAACUAGUGCCAACUGCUCUUUCCAGCUGAGAACCAUCCAGCGUCUCCCCCUUUUUGCUUUAUUUUUUUUUACUAUUGUUUUUAUUGUUCCUCAGAUUAUUUAAAGCUAAGCUUGAAGUUAGUUUUCUAUUUUUUAAUGUUACCUUGAAGGGAGAAUAUAAUAAUGAUAAAAUAAAAAAUAAACCUAAAAAAAAAAAGUCUUAAAUAUACUGUUAACACAACAGUAAUUUUGGUACUCUAAUGAAUUGGUAAGAAAAUGCACUGCUUAUUAAUGUUUUACUUGUUAGGUGAGUAACUGAUUUGGGUGAUUGAUUUCCGUGUGUGUUGGGGUUUUGGAUUGGCCUGAUAUAGGCUACAGUAAACCACUACUUACUGUAAGUGGUUUUGCACUUUGCUAAAACUUUUUGCUGUCACAGAGCCGCCUGUUACAUUGUUUAUUAAGGGAAAUGAGACGGCUUUAAGAACACAAGUAGCCAUGUGUAGAUUGUGUAGCUUGUACCUUUUUAUAGGUUGCUAAUGUUAAGGCACUUUGGGGCAGAUGUAUUAACCUGGAGAAGGCAUAAGGAAGUGAUAAACCAGUGAUAAAUGCAAGGUGAGAAACACACCAGCCAAUCAGCUCCCAUAUGUAAAUUAACAGUUACACCUUGCACUUAACACUGCUUUAUCACUGGUUUAUCAUUUCCUUAUGCCUUCUCCAGGUUAAUACAUCUACCACUUUGUCACUUGGCAAAGAUCCGAACUGUCAUUUUCCGGAAAAGUUUGGCACAAAUAAUAAUGAAUAUAAUCGCCCCCUAUUUAUACUUCCUAUAUUUAUAUUUAACAAUCUGAAGGUUCUUGUAACAGUCAGACAAGAUGAAUGAUAUAGCACCAUUAUUUUUAGAUGGUCUUUUCCGUUGACAAAGCCACUCACGUUAUCGUGCUUACCCUAUUACACUCCACUAGGUGUGGGACUUACAUUGAGGUGACAUCACAGAUUCAGUUUUAAAUGUAAGCUGACACAAGCGGGUGACUCUCACUUUCCUGUAAAGCUAGUUUCUCUAUCCUUAUACUGCGCUCUGAAAGAAAACCACUACAGUCAUCAUCCGUGCACCUUUCAAUGAACAGGAUACACAGGUCUGUAACUGUAUGGAAACCGAUGCACAGGAGAAUGUGCUGUAACCCUCAGCAACCAGCUAGAAGUGGGUGUGGGUCAAUAGAUGUACAGUAAAAAGACAGUCAGUCGACCCUAAAUGGUUGAGGGGGUCAAAAGGUGUACAUGGAAAGGUAGACAGUAGAAAAGAUAGACGGAUACAAAAAGUCAACACGAAAAUGGUCGACACAGUUUUGUUUUUUUUGUUUGUCAUUUUGUAUGUUCCACCACAUCUAGCCAGCUAGUGAAAACUUGUUCCCUCGUGGGCUCACUUUGCUCGCCACACUUAAAAAAUAAAAAUAAUAAUAAUACUUGUGUCGGCCAUAUUUGUGUUGACUUUUUGAACCUGUCGACCGUAAUCACCGUCUAACUUUCACCUGCUAACAUUUUGACCCUGUCGACCAUUUGCGGGUGACCUAUUGACUGUCAUUUACUGUUGGUCUAACAAGCGGAUGCCGCCAUAAAUUAGCUUUCCUUUCCAAAACCUAACUAAAGAGAUGUGAGGAUCUCUCGGGUUGCAGCGCAUUUUCCUACAGAUAAACUUUCCCAUUAAGCACAUUUUAUUGAAGGUGGAAGUGGGAAACCUCCUGAAUACUGAGCAUUUGCAUCACUAAGAAUAUGAUUGCUGCUUACUCCAGAAACACAGAUUGUUUUACAAGUGGAACCAUUUGCCUUUUACUGUGUGUGGUAUGUUAAUUGACAGUCGGAUUGGCAUCAGCACUUAUCUCUUUGGAAAUGCUAAUCUGAGUUUCAUUUGGAAAGUUACUGCAUUGUAUGAGUCCAGGCUUCUGUAAGAGCGACCGUAUCUUAGUAUAUAACACAUUGAUGUGAUUAAUCCUGUAUGCACCAGACGCAGCUGACGUAGGCUGGGACUUUUUAUUAAUCUGAAGCUUUGCAUAAGCAAUGCUGCCUCGUAGGUUUCUAAAGCUAAUGGUGUCACAUUAUAGACGUGUGCAGCAGGAUGUGUUGCAGUGUGACUUUCAGACUGACCAGGAACUACUCACCAGCACCGCCAUAAGAAAUCUUCCUUCCGUCAAGUAUUCCUAGUUGCCCAUCUAUGCUAAAUAGGAAUGAUUGUGCACAUUGUAAAAUGAAGUGCUAUACAAUGUUUGGUCAUUAAGAAUUUCCUCCAGGGUGCUUUAUAUAUAUCCGAAUUUAGCACAAUCUUUUGGGAUAAUGGCCAAUUUCUAUACCGGGAAUAACGGAACUCUGUAUUGUAACCAUUUCACUACCGGAGACCUGAAAGUGCUUUUCCGCAGCCUAUUUUCUGGCAAGGUCUUUGUGGAAUCACACUGCAUCUCACCUGCGUUUACAGUGCUCUAUAAUGACUUACAGUGCCAGGGACAUACCUUUUUACACUGGUGGAAUUACAAGGUGGUCUCCUGUAACUGUGAAGGGGCUUAUUACACCGAAACUGACUCCUAAACAUGUUCAUAUUUUCCCAUACGUUUCUCAACAAUUGCUUUGAAUAAAACUUACUGACAAUUA